AGCCAAAACCUUUAAUAUGGCAGUUUGUUCAUCCCUGUGAUGUUUAAUACUUUGUUAUUCGUUGUUUACUUACCCCACUCCUUGUUUAUUGCGCAUGCAGCCUGUUCCACACAUAAUUCAGUGAUAACACAACUGUAAUUGAUUUAAAUAUAAGUUGUCCUUAUACUAAUGGAGGCUAAUCUUGACACCACCUUUUCUAAUCUACAUUUCCCAUGAUGUGUAGCCUUUAUUAAAAUGUAUUUCUUUAAUACAUGGCGAUGAGACUAUUUUGUGCCGACGUGGAAUGUUGUAGGUGUAAUAUAGCAUAUAUUUGUUCAAGAGACACAUUGCAAAUAUAGCUUUAAUGAAACAAGUUAAAAUAAAAUACUGAUCUCAUUUAUGUCUUUGUAUUAAAACAAUUGAAUAUUUAUUUUGGAAUGAUUUGCUGACCUGUAGGGGGAGCCAGUUUGUAUUUUGUUGUUUAUCUAUUUAGGAUAAGCUUUCUGACAGGCAAAGAAUCAUGGGAAUUGUAGUUCUGAAAAAGCCAGAAGUCUUGUGUUUAUACUGAAUAACAUGGUACGGUGUAAUGUGACAUUCUUACUUUGCUCUCCUCAGAUUCCCACGGUGGUAGAUUAUAAGGAUGUUCUUGCACACAUUGUUCCGAUGGAUCGAAACACUUUGCAUCUCUGCAGCUACAUCUCAGAACUGUCUCUUCUGUAUACAGAACUGUCUGUCUAUUCCCCAGCCCAGCUGGCUGCCGGCGCCCUGCUGCUUGCAAGGAUACUGCACGAACAAGGUGAGGCUAGGGGACAAUCCCAGUCAAUAAAUGGCUGACAUUGUAAAUUCACUCUCCAUAAAUCCCAUGAAUUACUCUUCUGCUAUUACUGCAAAUAGCUGUUUUGCGUCCUCCCCCAACCAGGAGUAAUUCCACAAAUUCUAAUGCUCCCAUCUGUGGAGGUCCUAAGCAUCUCCUGUUAAACCGCUGCAUAGCACAUCUUUAUGGGCACAGGAUGGGAUUAUGGGACUUCUAGCAUUAUCCCAGCUGGCUCAGUCUACCCCUAAAUUAACAUAUAAGAGAUCCAUGUGCCAGAAAAAGACAAAUGAUUAUACUCCGUUGUUUCUGUCAAAUUCCAUAUUAAGUUUCCUCCUGUUCCACAGCACUCCCUUGGCCGGCUCAGCUGGUAGAUAACACAGGUUUUACCUUGGAGCGGCUCACACCGUGUGUGCUGCUCCUGCACAAGAAAUGGUGAGUAAAUGGUUCUCAUAUCUGCAGCUUUGACUGUAGUUUGACUUGUUGUGUUUAAAGAACACCGUGGGAGUUAUAAACUUGCUUAUUUUAAAAACAUUGCAGUUUUUUCGAUGAUGCGCCCAAGGAUUACCGGCAGGUGUCUUUGACAGCCGUCAAACAGCGCUUUCAGGAUGACCUUUAUGACCAGAUUAGCAAAGCAAAGGUAAGCCAAACUUAUAUGGUCGACUUACUUUGGGGAAUAAUUUGGCUUCCAAUGGCUUAAAAUGCAUUUCAUUCCUCCUAUCUUUUUAAACUGCUUUAUGUGCUGUAGUUUAGGGGUGUUACGAUGCAGUAGCUGAAAAUCUAUAUCAAUCUGACUACUACAACUUGCUUUGAUGGCUAAUUUUGAGAGCAAUGACCGUGUAAUUUUUCUAGGCAGACUGCAAGAGAUUUGACAUCAUAUUCUUGCAUCAAAUUUUCACUUUUGUUUUGUUUGUGACUAAAGGAUAAGGUGGUGAUAAUUUCCAACCACAGUAAAUUUAACAAUCAUCUGAAAACGGGAAACCGUUCAGUUUUUGUAUUCCUCCUCUCCCCACCCCCCUUUUUUUUUAUUUAUUUUUUUUAUAUAUAUAUAUAAAUCUGAUCAAAAUUACUUAAUUUAACAAUCCCUUUUUGGAACACUUUGAUAAAUAAUCCGCCAGUUAGUCAGUCCAGCCGUACAUAUUUACACAAAUUUUAAAGGAUUUUUAAGCAAUCUAUUUUAUUACUAAGCGCUCCACCAUAAACUAUACACAUUUUAACCUUUUGAGCUACUAAAGGAAUAACUCGUAGGUGUUUUGAUCAGCUAAUUAAACAAAAAACAUAAGUGUACAAAUAUAAUUGCCUUGUAACAAAUACCAAUCUAUUGCCAUUGAGUCAGUCCAGCCUUGUCCACUCGCUGUCUUUUGUAAAGGUUCUGUAACGUGCUUGCUGGGCCCUCACGGGCUGUAUGUUUGGCAGGUGCUGAAGCCCUGGCUGCUGAUUACUCUUCUGGGAGUGGGUGCUUGGCUCAGGUAACAGUCUGCUUGCUGUUGUCGCAGGUGAUGGAUCAUAGCCAGCUGUGUAUGCUGCUCGGAGCCCCGCUCCUGGACACAGAGCCCCUCGUGUCUUCUCCUAGCAUGGCUGACGUCCAUCCCUUCCUGUGCUCGCCUUCUGGGAAUAAAACAAAGAGGUAAAGCUAUGUUUGUGUACCCUGCAUUAAGCAGAACAGUGAUGCCUAGCGUUUGUCCUGCAGAUUAAUGGUAACUACUUUAGUCAUCAUGCUCGCCACUUGGGCUGUCUUGGCAUCUUGGGGACCCUUAAACUCAGCUCAUGUGCAAAGCAUUAAUACGUUUUAGCUGUUAUCUGUCUGAAUCCAGCAGGGAAGACCAUCUGCUCCUAAAUAAUGAUUCAUUUACUGCCCUAUUAGAUAACUAAUUAUGAGAUAAUAUUUACAGACUUAUCCUUCUGUGUAAUCCGCAUGAAAAGAUUUCCAUGAGGCUGGCUAGAAUUUAAUGCAUUUUAUUGUGGGUGUUGAGCUGAAGGGUGACACUUAAAGGAACACUCCAACCAUCAUAACCACCACAGUCUGCCGUACUGGUUAUAGUGCAAGGAGUACCCUGGCACCUUCUUAGAGUAAACUUUGUAAUGGUUCUAGUAUGGGUUAAUGGCUUAUCUAGGUCCCCCAGGUGCCCACGCUGUCAUCAUGUCUUCAUUGAGCUUGAAAAUAUCCAUUAUAUGUCUGCUCAUUAGCCGAGUGCUGCCCUGACUGUCUGCAUAACCAUUAGAGCAGGCUGUAGUGGUUAUGGUGCUUGGAGUGUUCCAUCUCCUGGUAGAUAUGGGAUUCUUUAUCAUUAAUGGAAGGACGGUAUACCAGCAGACUGACUAUUUCUCCUAUUAUAAUUCAGGGCCAGUCUUGCAUUGUGGGACAUGUAGUUGAUGGGCUGCAAGUUAGUUUAUGUAUUUAACUCUGGUAUUGGCUAUUGCUAUAAGGAGUGGGUUGGGUUCAGAGAAACCUUGCAUACGGUUGUAGUAAUGCUUGGCUGUCCACAGACGUAGAGAAGACAGCAUACAGGAAGAUCGGGGGAGCUUCGUGACCACUCCCACGGCUGAGCUGUCAAAUCAAGAAGAAACACUCCUGGGGAACUUCUUGGACUGGAGUCUCGAUUCAUCGUGUUCUGGCUAUGAAGGUGACCGGGAAAGUGAGGGCGAGAGGGAAGGAGAUGGUGAGGGUCCAUCUUUACUGUAGUUUCAUUUAUAACAAAUAAUUUUUCAACCUUUCAAGGUGUUGAAUUCACGAUAAGCCAAGAAGUGGCAUUAUUUAUAAAAUAGAGACAAUUUCUGCACCAGUCUACGAUGUACCUCAUGCCAGUGCAGCUCUCGAUGUUGCUUAUUCAAGCCUUAACGCAUUGAACUAUGAAUAGACAAGUUGACAAACUACAAAAAAAAAAAAAUUAAGCCAAACCUGUUGAGCAGGAAAAGAAAACAAAGGUCUUCAAAUCUUUCAACUCCUCUGUUUAGUAAAUAAACCUUUAACUGGUAUUUAAGACCUUGCAUAAGCAUGUUAUUUAUCAAGAUCUGGCACUUUCCAUUUUGGAAUAGGACCCUUAACCCCUUAAAGCAGCACUGUCAUGCCGAAUCCUGUUUUUUUUUGUUAGUUUUUUUUAACCCCCCUCCGGCCACCACUAUCUCUAACUGACACCCUAGUAUGCCCCUAAGCCCCCCACAUUACCUAUUUUUUAUUCUUUAUUUUCUGCCCUGAUCUUUAUUCAGGGUGCAGCCAUCUUUGUGUGGGUAGAUGAAUGAAAUUCCGAUCUGAAUAAAGUGCCGAAUUGCGUUCUAAAACAAACGAACAUACUGUUCUCGUUCAGUUAGAAUGCAAUUCAGCAGUUUCGUCUAAAAUGACAGGAAGCAUCGUGGGAACACAGAGGAAAGGUAAGAAUUAUGGGAAAAUUGCUCUGACCAGCUGAAAUGAAGCACACUUUGCUCCUCCGCUGGUCAGAGCUGGUCAAGCGGAGGAAUCCUCCAUAAGGCAAAGAGUCCCUACUUUGUCUUAUGAUUUAAAAGAAAACUAAAGAAGACAGGAAGAAAAGAAUAACAGAUCCUGAGAGAGGGGGAGAAGAGGAAGAGAUUGAGGAAAGGUAAGUUUGGCAUGACAGUGCCGCUUUAAGGACCAAACUUCUGUUAUAAAAGGGAAUCAUGACAUGUCAUACAUGUCAUGUGUCCUUAAGGGGUUAAAGGACUAAAUUCUUUAGGAAAUAAAGUGGCAUGACACACAAGGGGCUCUUUAAACCAACAUUGUUGUGAUUACUGUGCUUAAAACCACCCUUUUAAAGACCAGACUGUUAUACAUGCACAUAUAGUAACUGGUAAUAUCCUCUCUCCCACCCAAUCCCCUUUCUCAUUCUAGAAAUAAAUUCCAGAAAAUAACUUGCUGGUAGACUUGAUCUUUCCUGAAAAUGCUGUUCACUGCACCUCCCUCAUCGGUUUUGUUUUAGUUUUCUGUGCUUGCUUUACAUUGUAUAUGUGAUUCCAAUGUAACUUCAUGUAUAUGUUUCUACUCUGGUUUACAGUCACAGGACCUAGUGGAAUUUUGGACCUCUCGCUCUUUCACAUAGACCAGCACUGCCAAGAAUCUAGUGAUGAGGACACGUCUAUCAUCCUUCAUUCGCUCCCAAUCCUGUCCAAACCCAACACCGACGAACACUGUUUGAAACCAGGAGCAGAAAACAGUUCUGGAUACUCCUCUGUGAGCAGUGCCAGAAGCCCUACCUCUUCUCCCACUGGCCUGCCUUUUACCCCCACCCCAGGACAAUCUCAUGGAAAACUCUCCUCCAUUCCAUACCCUCAUUUUAAGACUGGCCGCAGGCAGGUGAAAAGGAAAAAUCAAGCACAGCAUAGUGAAGAGAACCUCUCUGAACCCAUGUAAAGAAUUCCUCCCCUGUUCUAUCAUUUUGUAAAGAGAAAUAUAUAUUUUUUUUCAUUUAAAAGAAUCCGCCAACUCUGUUCUUUUACCUCGAACCCCUUACUUCGGUAAAGUUCGCACAAAGCAUAUGCCAAGCACCGUUCAACUCCCAGAGCAACAUGUCCUGUCUCAUUAACUGCACCUUAAGAGCUUACACUUCUGUGUCUGUUUGGUAGAUAAUGGUAACUUAAAAGUAAGCAAUGGGGUGCAUGUAUGUACACUCUCCCACCAUGCCUAAAGAAGCCGUGUGCUUUUUAUCAUGGAUAUCGUGCACCGCGUCUUUUGCAGACAUAUCCAGAAAGUAG